CUUGCCUCUCCACAAAUAUUCACUCACUCACUCACUCCCUCCCUUCUUUCUCUUUCAUUUCUUUCAAACUGAUCAUAUAGCUUAGUGUCUCUCUGUUUCUUCAAUGGCGGACACUACUAACUCAGCCUCUACUACUAUUAAAAUAAUGGGUUGUUCGAUCCCCGAAAGGCUCCAACUGCACAUGUCCAUGUUGGCCUUGCAGUUUGGGUAUGCCGGUUUCCAUGUAGUCUCCAGAGCUGCCCUUAACAUGGGCAUCAGCAAGAUUGUCUAUCCCGUCUACCGCAACGUUCUCGCUCUUCUUCUCCUCUUGCCUUUUGCUUAUUUUCUUGAAAAGAAGGAGAGACCACCACUCACUCUUUCUUUACUUGUCCAGUUUUUCCUCCUUGCAGUUAUUGGAAUAACUGCGAACCAAGGAUUCUACUUGCUGGGAUUAGACAACACAUCACCCACCUUUGCUUCUGCCAUACAGAACUCUGUUCCGGCCAUCACUUUUCUCAUGGCAGCUUUACUCCGGAUAGAGCAAGUACGAUUAAACCGAAAGGACGGUGUGGCGAAGGUGGUGGGAACGGUGUUGUGCGUGGCCGGAGCUUCAGUGAUCACACUGUACCAGGGUCCGACCAUAUACAGUCCAAGUCCGCCACUGCAAAGGGCUUUGCCGGCGAUGCUUGUGCUUGGAGACGCUAGGGGAAAGAAUUGGACGCUGGGUUGCCUCUUCUUGAUCGGCCAUUGCUUGUCGUGGUCCGGCUGGCUCGUGUUGCAGGCUCCGGUUGUGAAGAAGUACCCAGCUCGGCUUUCGGUCACGUCUUACCAGUGUUUCUUUGGGGUGAUACAGUUUCUGGUUAUAGCUGCGUUCAUAGAGAGAGACCCACAAGCUUGGCUUGUUCACUCUGCUGGAGAGUUGUUCAGCGUCGCCUAUGCGGGAAUAGUGGCAUCAGGGAUAGCAUUCGCUGUACAGAUAUGGUGUAUUGACAGAGGUGGCCCGGUGUUCGUGGCGGUGUAUCAACCUGUUCAGACUUUGGUCGUCGCUAUCAUGGCCUCCCUUGCUCUUGGCGAAGAGUUCUACUUGGGAGGGAUCAUUGGCGCGGUGUUGAUCAUAGCAGGGCUGUACUUUGUCCUGUGGGGUAAAAACGAAGAAAGAAAGUUUGCAAUUCAAAAGGCACUGAUUCAGUCCCCCGCGGACCACGGUAACAACCGUACCACAAGCCACAUCAAGUCGUCCAUUGCUCAGCCGCUGCUUUCUCAGUCAACCGAAAACGUUUGACCAGCUCAACCUUAACUUUUAACCACAAUGUUUGCUGGCAACAAGUUAAAAAACAAAACAAAAAAACCUAUUACUAUAUUAAGAAAAGCUUGUUGUGUGUAUGAAGUUUUUUUUUUUCUUUUCUUUCUUUCAAGCUUUCUCUCACUAGGAAUGGAGCUUAAAGAGGAGAGAGGGGGAGGGGGAUGAAUGUGAUGGAUAUUAUCUUAUGAUGUGGGUAAUGGGAUGAUGUCCCAUAUGUACUUUUUUUUUAAAAUUUUAUAUGUUAAUUUUAUGGUUUGAUUCAUAAGAGAAAAGAUAUGCACAUUAUCAAA